GGGGGUGCUACCUCAAGAUGCGCCCUAAACCACCGCUGAAGCCAAGUAGCGCCGUGUUACGCUCAUACGGAGGAAGUGCAAUUCAGCACGUCGGCGUCAUACGUACCGAGGUGACGCUCAAUGACACAACCUCAGUGCUAAAUUUUUUCGUCGUCCGGAAGGGGCGCCAAGCGAUCCUCGGACUUCAAGCAUGCCAACUCAUGGGACUCGUGCCGCGUGUUUACAGCGUAUCCAAGAGCAGCCAAGAAGGCAUCGUGGACGAAUUUCGCCACCUGUUCACCGGAACCGGGUGCGUGCAACGAGUAUACAAGAUGGUGUUACGUGACGGCGCCGUAACCGUUGUCCAGGCCGCACGGCGUGUUCCAGUGGCCUUACAAGAACCCCUCAAGAUGGAAUUGGACCGCAUGCAGCGGGCAGGAAUUAUCACGAAAGUGACCGAGCCAACAGACUGGGGAAGCAGCUUGUCCUUGCCGACAUGCUCUCGAGAGCCACAAGCAGACAAGCGGACGAACCGAAAGCGAUGA